AUGGAGGAGCUCUUACGCGCGGACGACGCGUCUGGCCCGCACAACUCGUCGUGGGGCAAGUGGCGCGCGUGCGAGAACGGCAGUCAGUCAGCCAACACCACAGGUGCCGCCAACCCUCUAAAACGCAACGAUGAGGUGGCGAAAGCGGAGGUGGCCGUGCUGGUGCUGGUCCUGCUCCUCGCCUUCACCGGCAACCUGUGCGUGCUGUGGGCCAUCCGCACCGCCAAGCCGCGCCAGUCUCGGAUGCUCUACUUCAUGAGGCACCUGAGCAUCGCCGACCUGGUUGUGGCCGUCUUCCAGGUUCUCCCGCAGCUCAUCUGGGACAUCACCUUCCGAUUCUACGGGCCCGACGUGCUGUGCAGGCUGGUGAAGUUCGCGCAGGUGGUGGGAAUGUUCGCGUCCACCUACUUGCUGGUGCUGAUGUCCGUGGACAGGUGCUUGGCCGUGUGCCGGCCACUCCGACCGGUGCGCAGGACGAGGGACCGCGUGUGCGUGGCCGCGUCGUGGCUGCUCAGCCUGAUUUUCAGCACGCCUCAAGUGUACAUCUUCUCCAUGCGGGAUAUUGGGGACGGCGUGUAUGACUGCUGGGGGGAUUUUGGGCCGAAGUGGGGCGCCAAGGCGUACGUGAUGUGGAUGAGCCUCAGCAUCUACAUCCUCCCUGUGGGCAUCCUCAGCGUGUGCUACGGCCUCAUUUGUGUCAAGAUCUGGCAGAACUUCAAUCUGAAAACCAGGAGGGAGCACUUCUUGGCUCUGGCACCCAAAGGCGCCCUGCACCUGUGUCGGGUGAGCAGCGUCAGCCUCAUCUCCAAAGCCAAGAUCCGCACUGUGAAAAUGACUUUUGUGGUGGUGCUGGCCUACAUCGUGUGCUGGACCCCAUUUUUCUUCGUACAAAUCUGGUCCGCGUGGGACGACGCCGCUCCGCAAGAAAACACGGCCUUCAUCAUCGCCAUGUUGCUGGCGAGUCUGAACAGCUGCUGUAACCCGUGGAUCUACAUGUUCUUCGCGGGUCACAUGUUCCAGGGCGUAAUGCGCAGCAUCUUCUGCUGUAGAUGCUACACGUCGGCCCGCGGGCGCCAACACGACAGCUCCCCAGCGUACACCGUCAAGAAGGACAGCGGCCGCUGGAGGCUCUCGCACACGUCCAGCACGGGGGGGCCGGCGCCCUCGGACCCCAGCCGCCAGUCCAGUUGA